GGGCUCGACAAACAGAUGCUGUCAGAGAACUCUGAAAGCUGGCUAACAAACAAAAUCCCACAACUUCAAAGCAUUGUUGCCAUGCCAAGUCUAGCCACGUUGACACCAAGGGAGUCGCAACACCUAAACAUGGACAUUGACAAGAAAACUCUUGGAUACAGCAGUAACAGAAACUUAAAGUCUCGGCUUCAGUGGAAAUUUGCUCAACCAGCCAACACAGAGGAGCUCUGUUUUGAAGAGAUGUCCCAGUGGUCACAAUCACUAGAGAGACUUCUAUCCUCCAAAUAUGGGAUGAAAAUAUUCCAAGCCUUCUUGAAGUCUGAGUUCAGUGAUGAAAACCUGGAGUUUUGGGUGGUAUGUGAAGACUAUAAGAAGAUCAAGACUUCCUUCAGAAUGUCCUCUAGGGCCAAAAAGAUCUUCAAAUGCUAUAUUCAAGCAGAGGCUCCCAGAGAGAUCAACAUCGAUCACAAGACCAGGGAGGUGAUCAGGACAAACAUAAAGGUUCCAUCUGCAGUGUGUUUUGACGACGCCCAGAGGAUUGUCUUCGGAUUAAUGGAGAAGGACUCAUACCCACGUUUCCUAAAGUCAGACGUUUACAGGACUUUGCUGGACUCUACUUCAGAACCAAUGAGGAUGUAAAGAAAAUAUGUGGUACUGCCAUACUGUAAGCAGUUUAAAACACUGGACUAACUGAGAAGUACACCAUCUGCGUUUGGUUGAUCAAGAUCUGGGGUGACGACCAUCAGAUUUGACCCAAAACAUUCACAAAAUGCUCCUAUCUUCCUCUAGAGUUUGAGAUCUAGUUACAGAUUCUCUUUUCCAAAGAUAACUCUGUGUGAGACUUCCAGUUUGCUUGUAAAAACUUUGAAUUUAACAUUUUGAUCUCAAAUGUCUCAGGAGCAACAAUGGGUCUACUAAAAAAAAAAAAAAUCAGCUGUUGCGAAAUGAGCUGGAAAGCAAAAGACUUCCCAAAGAGACAAUGAUUGUGCAAUGAAAAUGCUGGGGACUUUUUCUGAGUGAUAGCUGAAACUAGAUGUGGCGAACACAGUUCCUUCCACCCAGAAUGAAAGUGUACUCUGGGGAUUAUCUACAGCGGCACUUCCACUCAGGUUUAUUGUUAUCGCACUAAAGCAAUAUCUAAGUAGAUGCUAUAAGAGGUUUGGACUUGUUUUAUGCACAACUUCAUGCAUGUAAAAGGUUCCGAUUCUGACGUCAGUGCAAACACACUGAGCUGAUAUAUUACAUAUAUUACAUUAUAUUAUCUGUAAUGAAAUGAUAUAAGCUAUUUGUUGUAAAUCUACUUGUGGGUGUGUAAAUGUGAAUAUUCAUAUAACAGAUCUGUGGUGUUUAAUAAAAACAUAUUUAAACCCAGA